CGCCAAGCCGGGCUGAAUCGUGAGAGCCGGUGCGGGCCGCUGAGCCGACUCAGACGGAAAACACAGUGCCUUGUGCCACCGGGCUCUCAGUGGAUAUGGCUGAUGUGACGGCUGAGGCAGCAGGGGCCUCCUCCGCCCAGGGCACGCUCAGCCCUAGGGUAAGCCAGGGGCCCUGUCCAAGGCCUGAAGGGGUGAGAGGAGGUGAGGCAACCAUGCCAGGCGGUGGCCCCAGCGAGAGGAUGACCUGGCCAGGGCCGGCCCUGCCCCCGGCCGUCCCAACCCGCCCUUUCUCCUCAGCCGCGGCACCAAUCCCGCCCCUCACCAGGACCCGCAGCCUCAUGGCCAUGUCCCUGCCAGGGAGCAGAAGGCCCUCCACUGGAUCUCGCAGCCGGGGGCUGUAUGGACGAAAUGGGCUGGCCGUGUUCUCUCAAUGUUCACCAUCCUCUGACACCCAGCUUGGGCCUCCACCUCUUCUUCCUGCCUCCAGGCGUACCUCUCCUCCCGUCAGCAUGCGGGAUACCUAUGGUACCUCCUCGCUCAGCAGCAGCAGCAACUCUGGCUCCUAUAAGGGCAGUGACAGCAGCCCCACACCCAGGCGUUCGAUGAAGUACACCCUGUGUAGCGAUAACCAUGGCAUCAAGCCUCCCACCCCAGAGCAAUACCUGACACCCCUGCAGCAAAAAGAGGUGUGCAUACGGCACCUGAGGGCUCGGCUCAAAGACACACAGGAUCGGCUGCAGGACAGGGAUUCAGAGAUCGAUGACCUAAAGACUCAGCUGUCUCGUAUGCAAGAGGACUGGAUUGAGGAGGAAUGCCACCGGGUCGAGGCCCAGCUGGCUCUCAAGGAGGCCCGCAAAGAGAUCCGGCAGCUCAAGCAGGUGAUUGACACAGUCAAGAACAAUCUCAUAGACAAAGACAAGGGGCUGCAGAAGUAUUUUGUUGACAUCAACAUCCAGAACAAGAAGUUGGAGACCCUGUUGCAUAGCAUGGAGGUGGCCCAGAAUGGGACCGUGAAGGAGGAGGGGGCGGGCGGUUCCUCAGGGGGCUCUCCUGCCCGCUCCCUGACCCGAAGCUCCACCUAUACCAAGCUGAGUGAUCAGGCCCCCGGAGACCGCAAUGCUGACCUUCAGAGUGCGUCCACGGAAGAGGUGGGGGACAGUGGCUUUGCAGCAGCCGAUGACACUCUGAGCCGGACAGAACUGUUAGAGGCAAGCAGCCUGCUCUCUUCUGGGGUGGAUUGUGGGCCAGAUGAAGGCUCCCUACAGAGUUGCUUCACCUUGGGCUCUCGACUUCCAACCAGUUCCACCUAUGAGAAGCUGCUGGGAGGCAGCGGUGGGGGUGUGGAGGCUGGCGUACAGGCCAGCUGCAUGCAAGAGCGGGCCAUCCAGACGGACUUUGUGCAUUACCAGCCUGACCUAGACACUAUCCUGGAGAAGGUGAUGAAGUCACAGGCCUGUGGGCUGGCCAGCCCUGGCCCUAGCCCAGACUGGGCCCCAGCCCCGGACAUGGAGGAUGGAGGGGCUGGCAUAGAGAUGCCCUCAGGCUUCCCAGGGCCCAUGGACCUGAUCCCGGCGGACCCUAAUGCGGCAGUGGUGGUGACAGUAGGAGAGGAGCCCAUGGUGGCUCCCGUGACCCACGGCCCUUCCCCACACGUGCCCAGCCUCAACCCAUCGGUGAGCAUUGCCUGCCCUGUGGAUGAAGAGGCUGGCGAGGUAGCACCCGAGCCUAAAAGCUAUUGGAGCCGCCACUUCAUUGUGGAUCUCCUUGCAGUGGUGGUGCCCGCGGUGCCAACAGUGGCCUGGUUGUGCCGGUCCCAGCGACGCCAAGGCCAACCCAUAUACAAUAUUAGCUCCCUGCUUCGGGGAUGCUGCACUGUGGCCUUGCACUCCAUCCGCAAGAUUAGUUGCCGUUCUGUGAGCACUUCGGGGCCUGUGGGCACCGGGGGCAGCUCCCAGCUGUGACUAGCCACCCACUCCUGGGAACCAGGCACAGCUUGGUCUGACCACUGAUUGUAGGUCUUUCUCUUCCUCUCUCUCUUUCUCUCACACACACUCACACUCACACGUGCACGGAGUGUCAUCAUCUUAAUUUAUUUAGCUUUUCCAAAAUAUGGAGGCCACAGCCCGGGUGGGUCAGGACAGCCUGGAGAUGGAGGUAGUUCUGCAGAUGGCUGAUACUCCCUCCUCUUGGGGUAGGAAGGGAGGGGUCUGUGGCCCCGAGGGAGAUCUAAUUGAAUCUGGGAUAUCGCCGACCUCUAUCAGGAAGGAAGGUUCCUGUGGAAGGGAGAGGGCAAGGAACUUCAGCUUCCCUUUUCCUUCCCACAAUGCCACCCCAGCCCUCCUGUCCAGCUGACACUCUCCCACGGCAGUUCUAUUUGCUUUUGUGAGUAAGCUGGCUGGUCAUCAAUGUUCAUGGGGCUACCUUCUUCAUCCUUUCUCCCUUGACUGUUAGGUCAGUAUUACUGCUUCCAGUGGAGGAAAUGACCUGCCCAAGGUCACAUGGCAUAGGGAUUGGAAUUACUGAGGAGUAGGAACACAUGGCUUUUGUAUCUUUGCCUUCAUGGGCAACCCGGGCUGGUUCUGGGGAGUGAAUGAAUGAUGGGGGGAAGGGAAGCACUGACUGAAACUGCCCUGGCAUUUCUGUGCUUCUGGUGACUGGGUGGGUAGGUAGGGCAGUUGGGGUGGAGGCAGAGCCAGAGAAAGAGGAAGGAGAAAAAUAAAUGGGGGAAGGUCAGCAGAAGGAGAUGUGAGGCCUGACUGGCUUCCCCUACUUCCCCGCCCCCCCCACACACACACCGAGUGGUUGGAUGUCUGGCUGAGUCUAUUCUCAGCCUAAAGAAUGGGAGGUGCCCCCCCCACCCCCACCAGGGUCCAGGUCAUGUCCUGGACCCGUCUACUUGCCCAAAUGCUUCUGUAAGUUAGAGCAGGGAAUGCCUGCAUUGUCCUUCUGGGCAUGCAGUGGCUCUUGGGAGAUCCAUCUCAUAAGCUGUAGGGAAAGUGCUGGGGAGGCCCCCAUAGUAGCACCCCCAAGCCAUUCUGAAGUGAUUUUGCACUAUGUCCCCUUUGUAAUAACAAUCUUUUCUCAGGGGAGAUGGGUGGAUGCCAGGCCCAUGGAGGGAGAGAGAAAGGGACUUGCUACUAGAUGGGAGUCCCUUCUGGAGAUCAAGGGGCGAGUGCUUACAUCCAGUGUGGCCAACCCCACCCCCCCCACCCCCCCCCAUGUCUGGCUCUAAGGGAAAGAGAUGAAGGAGGAGAGAGGUGGAAGAGAAGGAUCCCAACCCAUGCCUUUAUGCCUCUGGCUGAAUAUUCCUCAGUGCAAUAAGCCAGAGACUCGGAUAAAGAAGCCAUGUCUUACCAGCCAGCUCUGUGUGAGCGUGCAGACCAUGCGGAUGGAGAACUUGCCAGGGAGUGGGGAGGGGUGAGGGGUGAGCACAAACACGCUCACCAGCUGCGAUCCUGCUGCAUCUCCCUCACCCACACUCAUACACAUGUACACACACUCACACACGCACACACAUGCUCCAGGUCGGGACCAGAGUCACCAACACCUCCCCAUCUCUGAGCACCAGCUCCUUCAGUGAAGCAGCUGACAUUGUUUUUCUUUUGAAAAAAAAAACUCAACCCACUCGUGUUCAGUCUCAUAAUUGAUUUUGUCUCCCAGCCUGGAAGGCUUGGAACACCUCUGGGGUGUUAGGGAGGGUCCCCUUGAUGCUCCAUGCUCUGGGCCUGUCGUUUUCUUUGUUAAGAUCUGAAGCCUGGUCUUUGAGGACUAGGGCCCCCGCACACAGCUUGGGCUGUUUGGCAGCUUGAAUCUGUUCACCACCUUUGCUCAAACUGGCUCCUCACGUGCCAGUCCACGCCUGGGCUCCUCAGACUGGGGAGCUUCCUUCCGCAUGUGCAGGAGAAUCAGUCCCACUCUUCCCCAGCUUAGCCGUGUGCCUCCCUGACCCACAGAGACAGGGAGGUGUUUCCACCCAUCACACCUCUCCGGUGGACCCCUCUGCAGAGGCCCAAGCUUAGGAGCUAGCAUCUGGGUCAAGAUUGAUUUCCUGGGAAGUGGGGGGAGGGAGCCCUCCCUUUGGACACUGCAAUGGGACAUGUCUGCAGUUUGGUGAUGAGGGGACUGUCGAAACCUGAUCAAAAGCGAAAAGGCCACUCGUUCUAGGAGCUAAGCCUCAUGUGCAAUGUAUUUGUGGAUCUCUGUAAGCAUCUCAUUAGACUAUCCAAAGCUUUGCUGAGAAAAUAAAUGUAUGAUUAUAUUUGAAAAGAGAAAAAUCUAUAUAUUUUUCAAAACCAGAACUUCACUGACCUAUAUUAUAAGGGUUCUGCUACUGUCUCUUGCUACGCUCUAACCUCCUUAUCCUGUCCACAGGCUGUGGUAAACAAUAGGGAUCUAACCUGGUCCCUUGCUGCCAAAUCAACCCCCUUCUCCCCCUCACUAUAGGACUGUGACCUAGGAAGGCCCCAGCCUCUGGUGUUACCUUUGUAUGGAUGUGCCCUGGGCCCAGGGAUGUGCCUGCUCUUAGCUACCAGAUAGAGCCCUGUGGAGGAAACUCAGCCCAGCUUGGGCAAAUCCAGUUUUGUGGGAACCAUGAUGCUGCUGGAGAAGCCCCAGGAAAGGUCUUGGUCUUUGAUGGUUUUGGGGGGAGAAUCUCCCUGACCUUGAGGGGGUCUGUGUGCCACGGACUGGUGCCAAGGCUGGUGAUGCCAUAUACACUGCAGGCAGGUUGCAAGGUGAUAAAGAAGGUGGGUAGCCCUUUACAGUCAACAUUGUAUUAGGCAUCAGGCUGGGGCUGGAUUUUAUGCCUAUAAAGGCAGAAGCUGAUGACCCAAUCUCCCUCCCCCCAGUCUGGGGCCAUCUCAGCUCCUCAGAGAGGUAGCUGAGGGAACUCAGACCCGGACACUUCCCACAUUGCUAAGGGAUGAUAAUUGGCCAAAUUUGUCAGGGUCAUCGGGACCCUUUGCUAGCUCAGCAGGAGGUGGGGACCCCCUCUGUCAUCCCUGACACGCACACACCUGCUUGUUUGCUGUGUGCCUAUGUUGUUUGUGAGGUGUGACCUAAGACUAUGCAAUGAGCUCAGUACUGUCUGGGGUGGGAAUAGGGCAGUCAGCCCCGCCCCCUCGCUCAGGGCUCACGCAGGGGCCCCGAGAUUGUAGAUGGCCCCAGCCUUUGGCUGGAGCCUCCCACUCUGACUAUGCAAGGGGCGCUGAGGGGCCUGGAAGGCGGUGCCCCACUUUCCCACUUUCCCACUUUCCAGGGGGGUGGAAAGAUUGGGGUUUGAAUGGUUUCCUGCCCUGCCUCCACCCCAGGAACCGCCGGUGUGUAUCAAGCUCCCCUCCUAUCCUUUUCCUUCCCACUCUGUAGAUUUUUAGGUGUUGCUCCUGGGUUGGGCAGGCCCCAGUCCUGCUGGGUAACUCACAAGAAGGCUCACCCCAGCUUAGAGAGCAAAGUAACACCCCUCCCCUCUCUGUUCUCCAUAACUCAGGAUCUCCUCCCCACCCCCACCCCACCCCUCUUCUAGGGACCCUUGGCUCCCGGAUUAGUUGCCUGCAGUAGGUAGUGUGUGUCUCAGGAGCUGGGCUGGGCUCUAACAGGAGCAACAACAGCCCACCCCCACCCCCACCCCAUGAUCAUCAGUCCAGCUCUAGGCUGCUGUCCUGGGUCUCAUCUUUGCCAUUACCCAAACCCUGCAAAUUAGAGUUGGCUGCCAUCUUGAUAGGCAUCUGUGAUUGGUUGCUUGCCUUUCAAAGAUCUUGGGCCUCAAAAGUGGGAUUGAAAACAAUGUCUCCUAAGGGGAUAAUUUAGCUCUUCACCAGAAUACCAGAAUGCUCUUGCCUCUGGCCACAUACCCUUGGCAUCUCAUCACAUUGGUCAGAGGGUGUGGAUUGGCUUUCUUUGCAACAACUCCCUGGCUCCCUUCCCAUCUGCCUACCCAGGGAAGGAAAUCAGAGCUGUGGGAGACAAGAAUUCCUGAAAGGUAAACUAAGGCCACAUCUAAGUAUAAGGGCUAUGUCAGUUUCAGGAAAAAAGAAGUAGGAAUUUUGGAAGAGGGGAAGAUUGAUGGUGAUAGGAAGCAAGGUGGUCAGUAUGAGGUCUCUCUUGUCUCAUCUCCUUUAUCUGGUCUUUUGUUCGCGUGGUCAGAACUUCAGCUGAACCAAGCAGCUCUGUAUUAAAGCAUGAA